AGGCAACUUCGUUAUCCUGCUCUAUAGCUCUAUCUUCAACAUACAAAUCCCUUCAUAUCCAACCAAAGCUUCCAUUUUGGCGAAGGUAGUUACAGUUGCAGACAUGGCAGCUUCACUCUCAUUCCUCACUUCCUCCUUCUCUUCACUCUCCUUCUCUUCUCACGUUUCCCAAAGAUCCCACGCGCUCACGCUCCCUCCCUCGCGCGUCUCUAAAUCAACUACAUUCCCCUCCCUCGCUGUCUCUGCCUCUUCCGCUGCCGCUGCCGUUUCUCCGGCGGAGCCAGAAACUGUUGACCUCAGGCGCCUCGUCAAGUCCAGGCUUCCCGGUGGAUUCGCCGCUCAAACCAUCAUUGGUACCGGUCGCCGGAAGUCUGCCAUAGCUCGUGUUGUUCUUCAAGAAGGAACCGGGAAAUUCAUCAUCAAUUACCGUGAUGCUAAGGAAUAUCUUCAGGGAAACCCAUUGUGGCUUCAAUACAUUAGGGUUCCCUUAAUAACUCUUGGAUAUGAAAAUAGUUACGAUGUUUUCGUCAAAGCCGAGGGUGGUGGCCUCUCCGGUCAAGCGCAAGCAAUUUCCCUCGGUAUUGCCCGCGCCCUGCUGAAGGUGAGUGAAGAUCACAGACAACCUUUGAGACAAGAAGGGCUUCUGACUAGAGAUUCUAGAGUGGUUGAAAGGAAGAAACCUGGUCUGAAGAAAGCUCGUAAAGCACCUCAGUAUUCCAAACGUUGAGGUCGAAAUCAUACAUGUAUGGUUUUUGUCUUUUUCUUUCCUUUGUGCCUCUGUAAUUGAUUACAUCUGAAACAAUAUCAAUUGUUUUCAUUUUAGUUGUAGAUUUCCUUUUAGAAAUGUUAAGGAAAAAUUAAAUAGUUCCCAUGGCUUCUGUAUACAUAAUCUACUUAUUUUUCCUUUUUCUGUAUCAACCUACAUUGAAUUCGGAAUUGUAGGCAUGCUAUGAGUAUGAUUUUACUGUGUUGUAUC